CUGACAUCACAUGCUCCACGUGGGAAUCGUUUUGAACACAUUCGUCCUCAUUCUGCACGAGGAGUCGAAGUGACACGUGUUGCACGAGGGAAAGGCGCUGCACAGCUCAUAUCACGCGCGCCACGAGGGAUUGUGCUGUAACGGAAAUGACUUUCUGUGUCCAGAGCAUCCCAGAUAACGACAGCGUCAAAGACAAAAGGAUUGAGAUGGAACCACGAACUUUCAGGAGAAUUGGCAUCGUCGGAACAGGCACCUUCGGCAGAUCUCUAGCUAAACGGUUGGUCCUCUCUGGCUAUGACGUCAUCAUCGGCAGUAGAAAACCAGCGAGGCGGAAAUUGUCAGAAUAUGACGAAUGUCUCCGUGACAUUCAGCUCACCACAGUUACAGAAUGUGUGAGACUGUGUGAGGUGGUCUUUGUGGCUGUUCACGCAGAGCACUUCCAGGAAACACUGGCACCUCUGACAGACAUCUUUACCGACAUAAUAGUAAUCGAUGUGUCAAACAGAGAUAGCCCUUCAAACAAGACAUCUAACGCCGAGUUCCUUCAGUCUUUGCUACCAACAGCAACCGUGGUCAAGGCAUUCAACACCACUUCAGCCUAUAUCAUGGAAAACGACAUUGCCGGUGGAAGUAGAAAUAUAUUCGUUGCCAGCAAUGAUGUCAGUGCACGAGACAGAGUGAGUAACCUUGCACGUGAGAUGGGCUUUGUGCCGGUUGACCUUGGCAGGUUGACGUCAUCACAGAGAAUUGAGGCGUACGCCACACGUCUAUUCCCUCAAUGGAAAAUACCAGUGCUGUUCACGUGUAUCAUAUUCGGUAUUUGGUUUCUCUACGCAAUAUAUCUGUGUUUUAUAAGACACACAUACAGUUAUCAUCAACUGUUCUUGAAAGUUCUCAACAAGCCCGUUAGUGCGACGGCCAUUACAGUAAUGGCCUUGACCUACAUGCCCGGAUGUUUCGCCGCUUUCAUGCAGAUACGGUAUGGAACAAAACACAAACCGUUUCCAAGAUGGCUGGAUGCUUGGUUGAAGUCAAGAAAACAGCUUGGCGUCCUUUGUUUCAUCUUGAUAUUACCCCAUGUCCUCAUGUCAGUGGUACUGAUUACACCGGCAAACUUCAGCUCGUGGUUUCAUUCAACCGCCAUUACAAUACCCGCGAAUCAUACCAACGACCUUCACCUUCCGAUGAAGACGGUGAUGAUAUGGAAGGGAGAGGCCGCUUGUCUUGCCGGUAUCGUAGCCUUCGUCCUGCUCUGUCUCCUAGCAACCACCACGUUGCCAUCAGUCAGCGAUUCUUUGAACUGGCGGGAGUGGCGGUUCGUCCAGUCCUCGCUGGGGUUCACACUGUUGUUUGUUUCAGCAGGGCACGUGCUGAUCAUGGGUCUUCCCCGUUGGAUAGAGACAGGAUUUCCAGAAUCCUUCACAAUCAUCAGCUUCCUGUGUUUAAUACUUCCAAUUUCCGUUGUCAUUAUGAAACUGAUACUCCUUCUACCGUGUGUAGAUAAAUAUGUUUCCAAAAUACGCAAAGGCUGGGAACGAGGUACACAAAGAAUACUCACCGAUACAGGAACAAGAGAUGAAGAACAUUGAGAGGAUGGCUAAUGACGUAAGAAGCACACCACUCGCCCGCUCCGCAACCAAACUGAAGAGUGUGUGAUAAAGUAGGCUUGUCCCAUAGUCCCCCCUGUCCUGUUUGUUGGAAGUGGACUCGAAUCAAAGACAAACAUUUGAUCUUUUCGAAGUAGCUCAGCUAUAUUACAAAGGCCAGUGAUUUUCACACAUUGUACUCAUAUAUAAUCGACGUUUGGGCCCAGCCAGUGGGCAGUUUGGUUACGUUAGCUAUGAGGAACACUAGACUUUGCUGCUGUGUGAUGUAUUAUCUUUGCUGCUGUGUGAUGUAUUAUUGCUGUGUGAUGUAUUAUCUUUGCUGCUGUGUGAUGUAUUAUCUUUGUUGAUGUGUGAUGUAUUAUCUUUGCUGCUGUGUGAUGUAUUAUAUUUGCUGAUGUGUGAUGUAUUAUCUUUGCUGAUGUUUGAUGUAUUAUCUUUGUUG